UGCAGUCAGAUCUCUGGACUGCAGCAGAUGGGUGGAGUUCAUGUCUCGGAGAUUCUGGAUGAAGAUGAUGUCCAGCAUCCUGCUGCUCCUCAUCCUCAGCUCAUGUCUCUGUGCAGCAACAUUUGUAGUGAAUGUGACACAGAGCAGCUAUCAGGCAGAGGAGAAGCAGAACAUCACUCUGGAGUGGACCUUCACCACCAAGACUCAGGGAACCUGGAAGAAUCUGUUCAUCUCCUGUGAAGUGAACACGGAUCAUGGAGUCUUAGUUCUCUAUCAGGUUCAUGAAGGAGUUGAGAUUCCAGAGUCUCAGGAUGAUCAGUUUUCAGGACGAGUCCAGAGCAACAAAGACGUCCUCAGAGAAGGACGAAUCAGACUCCAUGUGUCCAGACUGAGGACUGAAGACUCUGGUCUGUAUCUGUGUGACGUGAAAACUGAAGAUGGAUCCAACAAGGCAGGAUGUCGACUCAGCGUUUCUGUUCCAGUGAAGGUUAUUGGUCAUGAUUUGAUUCAUGCAAAGGUUGGAGACGACGUCAUUCUGCCAUGUCAUCUGGAGCCUCCAUAUUAUUUGACCACAUUUACAAUCGAAUGGAGAUUCAAGGGUGAAAUAAUCCAUGUGCAUCGCAGCCAAACUAAAGAUGAUAGAGCUUCAGAUCCAAAGUACAAUAACCGAACCUUCAUGUUCCCUGAUGAGUUUGAAAAAGGCAACAUUUCCCUCAAAUUGACCAAAGUAACCAAGGAGGAUGAAGGGAGUUAUAUUUGCUUUGUUCCCAAACUGGAAAGACAAGUCAAGAAGGGAAACGUUACUCUAAAACUUGGUGAGUUAUGUAAAAUUAAGAUCAUUUAAGACAAACUAGAUAAAUAUAUUAAUGUCUAUAACUCUUAAUG